AAUAACAGUUUAAGUUUUAUAAUAAAUUUAUUAUACCAACAUUUAACAUGAGUUUCCACAUUGAAGACCUUAUCCAUUCGGAACAUUUAAUCACAGUAGAGGAGCCUGUCAACGCGUCAGAAAGCUCUCCAGAAGUACCUAUUGAGCCGGGAGAAAGAGAAAGGAUAAAGUCCAAAUAUUUGUCAAUCGACAAAAAAUAUAUUCAUGAUGAAACAGAAAUAAGUGAUGUGAAAAGGGAACGCUUACAAAGAAAAGACACCGUUGCAAUAGUACAGCAUAUGAGAAAUGCUUUACCCAAAUACUGCAUGGCGGAAAUCCGCGAAUUUAGGUUACCGUUGCAUGAGGCUCUUAUCAUAAACUUAAAAGAAAGCGGAUUUAUAAGCGCUUCUUCCUAUAUCAAAGAAUUAAUCGACUAUCAGGAAAACAUGAGAAAACUCUCCGGACCGGGAAGUACUACUUUCGUACUGCCACAAAUAAAGUUUGCAAAAGAGCAACUUGGAAUUUUAUCGCAAUCACUUAAGACCGCUGAAAGAUUUCAUGAAGCAGGGGCGUAUUCCGAGGAAUGUCAAGAAUUUCUAAAUCUUGCUGUUUCGUUUGGGUUUGGCCACUGUGAUUGGUGGUGGCUAGGAGAACAACUUCUAGUGCAGUCCAUACGUGUCUCUUCUGAAUAUUCAGAGAACAUAGGGCAUAAAUAUGAAGCUUUAAGUAGAUACUCAUAUGCUAGAUUUCUAAUGGACAAUGUGAAAGAGUUUCAAAACGCAGAGAAACAACUAAGACUUGCGAGGCAUCUGGCACAAAAUAAGGUAUGGACAGGCAGAGUUUACUUUCCUAAUGAACGGGGAACGUUAUACAUGCAAACAAAUCGAGCAAUAUUUGAUUGUGUACUUAAGCAAGUAAAGACAAUGAUGGAGACAGAUAUGGAGAAGGCCAUCAUUUUAGCAGAUCAAGCUAGACGGAGGGCAGCAGAAGCUUGCUUUAGACUUGGAGAAACAAAGGCUUUAGUAUUAAAAGGAAUUUGCGAACUCGAGACUAGACGUGCAAAAUCUGCAAUCAAUUCGUUUUUAAGAGCUUUGAAUAUACAAGAGCGUUGGGGCACAGUAGAAGGAAUAUGCAAGAUAAAAAUCCACCUAGCCAAAGCAUAUCUAAUGGACGACUGUGCUAACUCUUCCCUUAAAAUUCUGAUGGAAUUAAAAGACCAUGCUGAAGAGAACGAUCUUCCAUUUUAUCUAGGACAAGCCUAUAAAAAUCUUGGAGAGUACUACUUGUUAAUCGGCGACCCAGAAAGAGCUACACCCCUGUUGGACGAAUCAAUCAAAAUAUUUCAAACUUGCAAAGACAGGCCAAAAGAAUCGAACGCAGCCAGAGACAUGAGAGCAAUUUCUGGAGGUCUGCAGUUAUUUCCAAAAUAUGUUGAUGUUUUGCUAAAAGCAGGAAAGCCAGGUAUUAUUGGUAAACGGAACUUAGCUGCUAUUCUAGCAUGGAAAAAUGACAGAACCGACUUUUGGAGCAGCAAGGAACACGUCAUACCUUAUACUUCUUGUGACAGUAUUAUAGUGGAAAGUGUCAAAAAAGUUGCAGAGAGUCGUGCCCAUAUACUUGAUGCUAGGUUACGUAGCUUGUCAAGAAGUUUACUUCAUUCCUCUGUGGCUGAAAAGAAAUCUUCCUCGGAAGAAGAUUCAGAACCAUCGGUCAAAGACGUCUUUACUCAAGAAGUGGUUCAAGAAACGUCAUACAUGGAAAUACCUGAAAACUAAGUUUAUGUAAAACAUGUAUUUUGUUAUUUUAUUAUCUUCUUCUACGUCGACCAUUUUUCAUCCACUUCUCAAUGUAGGUCUCUCCCAAUUGCUUUAAUUUUUCUCUAUCCUGCGUGUAUCUAAUCCACUAUUUGCCUUUACUGCUCUUAUGUCGUCUAUCCAUGGUUUUCGGGGUUUCACCGGGCUUCUUGUCGUCCUCCUUGAACUCCAUUCCAGUAUUUUUGGGAAUUUAUUCCAAAGUAUCACUUAUCUUCGUUUUAUGUAAAAAUCCACGAGGAAAAAGUUUUCCUGUGAUUGGCUGUAUACCAUGUAUUACAAAAAAGAUAAAAUCCUUUAUAAAAGGUGUAUUUGUUAAAAUCCCUACAAAGGGCUACAUCACAGAACGGAUCUAGUUUUCGAUCGGAUGACCGAUCAUCAUCAGUGUUAACCUAAAAUGUGUA